AUGGCGUAUGUCGACUAUCAGACAUGCAAGGAAUUUUAUCGACGAACUGAGUUGGACAUUGAGUCAAUAUGGCCUCCAUACGUUAUCUGUGCCAAAGCUUUGGCGGGAAAAAGUUGUGUGUGGCGUAGCGGCACUGUUUUGGCGUUACGACAGCUUAAUAGGUGGAGUUUGGUAGGUGUUGGAGUAGCUGGUCCAGGCUGCAACGCACCAGCUCGCUUCAUACAAUACAACCAAUACAGACCCUGGGCGAGGAACAGCGUCCUCAGGAUCGGCAGACCGACCGUCACCAGGAUUGAUGAUAACCAGAUUAUAAUGCGACGUAGUCUUGCAAGAAUACAGAGAUUUGGCCCGUGCGAUCCGGAGGAAAUUAAAGCCGAACUUUACACAGACCAUACAAAAAUUGAACACUUUCCUAAUGCGAAAAAACAUAGGGCGAGUUAUAAUUUCACAAUAUUCGCCAACUUCGAGUACUCCUGCAUCGUGUUCCAAGUAUUCCACUACAAAAAAUGGGCGGUAGAAAAACCAAAAAUAUACCUUCAUAAAUGGUGUCUUUCCCCAAAACCACUCUGCUAUGGAAUGCACUUCCUACAAAUAGACUUUUAUGUUGAUAUAUUCUUUAAAGAGUCAAUUACAUACAGAGUCAUGGUAUAUGGACAAGAAAUAAAAUUCCUAGAUAUAAAAAGAGCUACAGCAUAUUUUAAUACAAAAAGAAAAUAUCCGGUAGUGCCAUAUGUUCAAAUGGGUAUAAAUACUACAGGGCUUUGAUCUUUUGAAAAAUAUGUUAUUUUCACUUUGUUAUAGAGCAGCGAAUAAAUAAAUUGUAAAUUAUGAC